AUGGCGCUGGGGCAGCAAGCGUCGGCCGUGGAUAUGGCCGAGGAAGAGGCAGAGGACGAGGGGGAGGAAGGUUUGGUGGCAGCAACUUCGGCGGAGGCCGCGGGAGUGGCGGAUACGGCAGCGACGACAAGAGCUACGGGCGCGGUCGCGGCCGAUUCGACGGCGAGUGUCACUAUUGCCACAAGAGCGGACACAUGUGGCACGAUAGGUACAAACUCCCUGAAGGAUGGACCCCUGCUCAAGGCCAAGAGGGUAGAGGAGCAGGAGGAGGGAGAGGAAGAGGCCGUGGAGGCCGUGGCGGUCGCGGAGGCGGUGCUGCAAACAUGA